AUGUUUGGAGGGGGUGAAAAAAAAGACGAUCAAAUAUAUAAAGAAGGGCGGGGGCUCUUUCACAAAUCUACACACUCUCAACAAACAACCUCAAACAUGCCAAUCGACGUGCAAAACACCCUGGAACAGCUCGAGCUGUCGGAGAAAAUCGCACUCACCGCUGGAGUCGACAUCUGGCAUACCGUCCCUAUCGAACGGCUUGGCGUACCUUCUGCCCGAACCUCUGAUGGCCCCAAUGGAAUCAGAGGUACCCAGUUCUUCAACUCCGAGCCCGCAGCCUGUCUUCCGGCCUCCCUAGGCCUCGGUGCUACGUGGGAUCAGGAUCUCUUGUACCAGGUAGGAGAGCUGCUGGCCGAGGAGUCGCGUGCCAAAAGCGCCCAUGUCGUGCUUGCGCCCACAAUUAACAUCCAGCGGUCCCCUCUAGGAGGUCGCUCCUUCGAGUCUUUCUCUGAAGAUCCGCUUUUGUCUGGAAAGCUGGCUACUCAGUACGUCAAGGGUCUACAGGACAACAAGGUGGCAGCUUGUAUUAAGCACUUUGUGACCAACGACCAGGAGAAUGGCCGCAUGGGAUCCAACUCAGUCGUAACAGAUCGAGCUUUGCGAGAAAUCUAUCUCAAGCCCUUUGAGAUCGCAGUCAGAGAAGCCAACCCUAAGGCCUUCAUGACCGCCUACAACAAGCUCAAUGGCACCCAUGUUAGCGAGCACGACAUCUUGGGCAGUGUGCUGCGAGGCGAGUGGAAAUGGCGAGGGUUGGUGAUGAGUGACUGGUUCGGCACUUACUCCACCAGUGACGCUGUUAAUGCCGGUCUGGACCUUGAGAUGCCAGGUCCUCCUCGAUGGAGAGGCGAGCAGCUCACCCAUGCUGUUCUCAGCAACAAGGUGACCACUGAGACGCUUGAUGAGCGGGUCACAAAUGUUCUUGAGCUCGUGAAGUACGCCCAAGAGUCUGGAAUCCCGUUCAAUGGUCCCGAAUCCACCAACAACACGCCUAAGACUCGGGCUCUGCUACGGAAGCUGGUGGCAGACUCCACUGUCCUGCUCAAAAACGAUGCAAACAUCUUGCCUCUCGACAAGACCAAGAAAGUGGCCGUGAUUGGCCCCAACGCAAAGGCCACUGCUUUCUGUGGAGGUGGUUCAGCCUCUCUCAGACCCUACUAUACUGUUUCUCCGUUUGAGGGAAUCACUUCCAAGACUGGCAGCGAACCUGAUUACGCCGUAGGAGCCUACGCUCAUAAGGAGCUGCCUGACUUCGCAUCAUACUUGAAGUCAGAGUCUGGAGACGAGGGAAUUUGGGACGUUCGAUUCUACAACGACAAGAGGGGUGCUCAGGAUCGAAAGUGCUUUGACCAAUUGACUAUCGAGCAGACCAAACUGUUUCUGUUCGAUUACAGUCACAAGGAUAUCCCCAAGAACAAGAUCUUUUAUGUGGACGCCACUGCCACCCUCAAGGUUCCUAAGGACGGAGUGUACGACUUUGGAAUGACCCUUCUGGGUACUGCCAAGUUCUUUGUCGAUGACAAGUGCGUGCUGGACUGCACUAAGGACCAGGAGAACGGCAAUUCGUUUUUCGGCGAAGGCACUAAGGAGAAGAUUGGGUCUAUUGAGCUCAAGGCCAACAAGGACUAUGCCAUUCGCCUCGAGUUUGGAUCCGAGGCCACUUCCCCUCGAGAGCGAGGAGGACUUGUUUCCAACGGUGGAGGCGCUGUUCAGGCCGGCAUGGCUCGACAGGCUGCCGCCGAAGAUACGAUCGCCGAGGCUGUCGAGCUGGCCAAACGUUCCGAACAGGUAAUUCUCUUUUCGGGACUCAACAUGGCGUGGGAGUCUGAGGGAUUCGACCGACCGAACUUGUCGCUUCCUCCUCACAAUGAUGCACUCAUCGAGGCCGUGCUCGACGCGAAUCCCAAUACCGUUAUUGUCAUUCAGAGUGGAGCUCCAGUGGAGAUGCCCUGGGCAUCCACGGCCAAGACCAUCGUGCAUGCCACCUUUGGAGGCAACGAGACUGGAAACGGUAUUGCCGAUGUGCUAUUUGGCGACGUGAACCCUAGCGCUAAGCUGCCCAUCACCUACCCUCUCAAGGUUCAACAUACUCCCUCUUACUACAACUUCGGCCAUCCUAAACGAACUUUGUAUGGAGAAGAUGUGUUUGUGGGCUACCGACACUACGAGAAGGUUGAUCGAGAAGUGUUGUUUCCCUUUGGCCAUGGUCUUUCAUACACUUCAUUUGAGCUGUCUAACCUGAGUGUUUCCAAGAAGGAUGAUACUGUCACUGUAACUGUGAACGUCAAGAACACCGGAUCCAAAACGGGAGCUGAAAUCGUCCAGGUUUACGUUUCUCAAGAGAAACCAUCCAUCGUGCGGCCUGUAAAGGAGCUCCGGGGCUUCUCCAAGGUCGAGCUUGAUGCUGGCAAGUCCGAUACCGUCACUGUGGAACUGGAUGUCGAUCAGGCCACCUCAUUCUGGAACGAGUAUAUCAGCAAGUGGACCAGUGAAGCUGACAAGUACCAUAUUCAUGUCGGUACCAGCAGUGCAGGUAAGCAUCUUGAGGGUGAGUUUGAAGUCAAGAAGACUAAGAAUUGGUUAGGUCUUUAG